ACUUCACUCCCAGAUAAAUGUUUGAAACAUGGACACAUGUGCUCCAGUUUGUCCUCACCUGUAGCAGCGGGAGCGUUAUAAACACUGGGAGCAGACCUACACGAUACUUAAAUCGAAUUAUCGCAGGUAAGUUUAACGUACUUCUCCACGCGUAUUGUAUUAGUUCACGUCAUUUCAAGAGUAUUAAAUUCUGUUUAACGGUUUUCACGUGGUAAACCUGCGAAAUGAAUGUUUCAUGUCCAAAAUGGGCAAAAAUUCCUAUUUCUACAUCAAUUUAUCGUUUAAACAAGCCACGAUUGUGCACCGUAAUUUAUCGUAUUUCAUAUUUUUUUAAAUAGCCUUGUGAUACUUGCAUCGAGAGAAAAGUCUUCCCAAGCUUGACACUUAGAUAUGUAAAUGAAAUAUUGAUUCUAAUAACUUACACGUGGUGAAACUGCAUGAAAAGCGAUUUAAAGCCUUUAAAUAUGCACACAUUUGUCAAAAAGUCAUUUUCCUGUACUUUAUACUUAGGUAAAUUUAUAUAUUUUUCAAUAUUUGCCCAUUUUUGUGUCAGUUUUUGAGAUUUUUAUGUAUCAAACCUGCGUAGGGGAUGAUUCCUGACCCUAAAACAGGCUUAAGUAUGUCAAAUAGCCAUGUUUCCUUCAUUAUUUAAAAGUGAUGUUGUGUAACUUUAAUUGACACCUGUUACCUUUCCUCAUUCUGUUGCAUUGACAAGUGAAUCAAUUUAUUCUGUAAGCAAAAUUGUGCAGUUUUGUGUAUCUUUGUGGUAUUUUCAUUCAUGUGUAUGACUUCUAAGUGAUAAAAAUCUAUUAAAUAACAGAUUUGCCCCCUUAAAAAAAAUUGGCCAUAAAUUUUGAAACAGACGUUUUUCUUUCUUACUUUUCAAGUCAAAUUGUGGACCUUGUUAUAUCUGUAUUCCCAUGUGCUUAACCAGCCAAGAGGAAGAUUUAUGCUUCUUGAAUUGCCCGAAUAUACAUGUCGAACCCUUUGUUCUUGCUUUGAAAUAACAAUAAUAAAUUUUUCUCCCCCCAGCUUUCUGUUAAAGAAAUUUCCAAUAACAUCUGUCUUUUGGGACAAAACCAGUUGCAGUGGCAGGAAUGUUUAAUGCACAUCUGGACGCAGGUUUCCCACCUGGUUUCAAUCCUCUUCUUAGUGAAUAUGACACACCAUGAAUUCCUGUAAAAGUACACAGAGUUUAUAAUAAAUACGCAAAUAUCCAGGCAUCUAUAUCAGGCUUUUCAAAUUAAAAGUCCCCAGUUUUAGAGAGUUUUUUUGUGGUGUUGUAUUGUAGCUCUUGUUUUUAUGUUGGAAAAGUGAUUUAACUGCUGCCCAACAGGAGCAGGCUGCAUGUUUGAAGCCAAAUGAGUUGGCGCUAUAAAAGAGCAAAUGACGCCCAUAAAUCUCUGAGGUCUGGACCCGGUGUGUGUUGUGGUUUAGGCGGGUUUCUCUCACCCAGCAAGUCCAAUUUGUGUCUCCGGAAAAAGGCCAGUUUUCAUCCAGAAUAUUUGGAGCUUAUUUAAAUUAACUUUUUAAGUCCCAUCUUUUAAAACUCACCAAAUAUUUGACACAUUUUAACGGAAAGAGUCAUGCAAAAACACACCCUCUGAUUACUUUAAUGACUAACACCUCGUCACCGCUUGCAUCACCUUUUAUAAUUCGUAUUCAGGGUCUCAAUUGUGAAAUCAGAGGGAUAGUUUUCGUCUGGACUUCAAAUGAGUAGCUUGUUUGUGCUGCAGGAUGAGUGUUGAUUCAAUGAGGCGGGGUUUUCAUGCUGUGCACUGCUAUGAAAAACCCCUCUAAGACCCCAGGUAACGCUCCUUAAAUGAGAAACAUCUUUUGUAAAUGCUUCAACAUGCUUGUUAAAGAAGCAUUAAUGCUCCAAAGUGAUGCAUUUUUAAUAUCUGUGUGUUUUCCUCCUACAUAGCAGAGAGUGUAAUCUUUGUAAUGCUGUCACUGCUCAUGUCAUCCUCUGGCCUCUCAUUACAGCAGACAGUGUGCCAGGAAGAUGCAGCCACAACUGUGCUGACUGACAACAACAUCCCAAACAAGUCACAACACUGGACAGCUGACAGCUCGGUACGUCUGCAUCGCUCAGUCUUGUUGCUUUAGAGAUUUUAUUUUCACAGGCCAUAAGGAACCACAAGCUAGUUUUGAGGUUUGUGGUUUGGGGCCGUCUCAGCGCUCUGACACCGUUUGUGUUUGCAGCUGCAGCCUGGAUGUGAUAGCGGGUCAGCGACGUGUGAGUUUGAAGCCCCGCCUGAGUGUGCGAUGUGUGGACCCGGGCUGCUUCUGUGUCUGCUGCUGUGGAUAGGAGGGACGGCCAUUAACAGGACACAAGGUAUGAUUGCAUUGACCUUUGAUAUUUCUGUUACUUUUCUUUUAUAUGUAUUUUUCUUUUUACUCAAUUGCAUCACCUGGAAAUGCAUUUUAUUUAUUUCUAUUUGAAAUAAAUCAGCUUUCAGAUUGUCAAAGUAGAUGCUAAUGCUCACAAUAACUGUCUUUAAAGACCCACUCUGAUGAAAAUCAUGUUUUUCUUGUUUUUUACAUGUUUAUAUGACAUUUUUCUGAUGCUACAGGACAUAUCAUGAGAAAACUAAAUGAGAAAUUGCUUUUCUGAGUAUUUCUUCAUUCAUAUUGCAGGCUCAGAAACAGUGAGAUUUCAUAUGUAACCAAUCCAAGCUCCGACCCUGGAGGAUAUCUCAACAGGAUAUAUUCAACAAAACUUUCUCAAAGUCAUGUGCUGUUAGGCCUGGGGUCCCACAGGGGUCCGUCCUCGGUCCACUGUUGUUUUCACUUAACCUGGCACCACUCGGUUGGAUCUGAAAUACUUUUGUGAUUUCGUUUGCCUUCAGGUCUGGUCACAGCUCCUUCCAGUCUAACAGUAGAUGCCGGCCGCCCCCUCCACCUCGGCUGCAACAUCACCACGGCGCCCGGCGAUUCUGUGCGGCAGAUUCGCUGGGUCAACAAGAACAACAAGGCCCUGCUGGCGUACGAGCAGAGCGUUCCUGUGCGGAUCAGCAUCCAGGAACAUGGCGUGCAGCUCACCACGUCCCACAACGACGCCUCCUACAUCACCAUCAGGAGGGCGGGGCUGAAUGAGGAGGGCUGCUACCGCUGCAUAUUUGAUGUUUACCCCACAGGCCCGCAGGAGGCAAAGACGUGUGUCAGCGUCACAGGUGAGUCAGGGUUAUUAUCACUUUCCUUGAAUUGUAUUUUUUCAGGUUGUUUGUGAUCUGAUACCCCGGCCACCCCUACCUAUGUCAGGGCCACCCCAGUUAGAAAGUCUAGACACACCCCUGCAUAGAGGCAGAGAGGAAACGGUGGGAUCCCAGUGCUGUCAAGUUUGUGCAGAUAGAAGCUGCAAGAAAACAGUGACAGAGGUGAUAAGUAGAUUUUUGUGUUUGUUCCCAGCUUCUGUUUUCAUAAAGCAUAUUUCAGCGCUUUAGCCAUCGCCUAACACUUGAUCUUUUGUCCAUUUUUCCAUAAAGUCAAACUCUCUCCGACACAUCCUGCUGAGGGUCAGAGAGUUGUUUGGUUUCCCUCUUUUGAGACAGGAAGAAGUAGGCAAAAGUCUAAACUCUAAAACCAGCAGGGGGAUUUCGCCCACCCAGCCGGCUAGCCUUGAAACUUCCUCUUAUACUCUUUUAAUUGGCAACGACUGUUUUUAUUAUUCCCAGAAUCCUCCUGUUGCUGUGGCACCUGUACACAAACAGACACAAACACCACGGUGACACACUCGGUUGUUUUCGUGUUCCCCCCUGCUGCAGGUAGAGUCCGCCAGGAGGGCAACAAGACAGCUGUGAACGGGAAGUCCACCACCCUCUCCUGCUUGUACAGCCUCCCCGAGAGGGUGCAACAGGUGCUGUGGACGAAGACGGCGGAGCAGGGCGACUCCACAACGGUUGCCUAUCGCGCUAAAAAGGGCCAUCCCAGCGUCAAGGAGCCGUUCGCAGGUCGGGUUAGUUUAGGCGGGACUUUUGGUGACAGUCAGCUGACCAUCCAGAAGGUGAAGACGGAGGAUGAGGCGUGCUACACGUGUGAGUUUCACACGUAUCCAGAGGGGACGAAGAGCUCCACUGCCUGCCUCUCUGUUUACGGUUUGUACCAUAUUUUAUUGAGUCUAAUGUCAGCCUCAGUCAAGUCAAAAUAGAGUUAGUUUGCUUUAAUACAGAUAAACAAAGACAUAGAAGAAAAAAAAAAGGUUCAGGGUCAUAACAUUCCCUGAUUGCCCGGGACAAUGUGAGCUCAUGUUGGAGACACACAGUAUAGUAGCUCUGAGAGGAAGUGUAUAAGUAUGCGUGUGACUUCCAUAGCAGGAAAGGGAAGCGCGGUGCAUAAACAAACCACAGGCGGCCCCGAGGUGAGAGUUAUUCUGGUCAUUAAACUACCGUCCUGACCUGCUUCUCCGACGGCGUUUCACAUCCCUCGACCCCGGCUGAUUUUCCUCCACGGAGGUGUGAACCGCAAAGUCGAGAGGCCGCCUCUGUUUGACUUCGAGUGGUUGUUGAUCUCCUUGGUUUGUUUGUGUUUUUAAGGAGUGAUAAUGUGAACAGAGGCAGGGGGUGUCACUGAGGGGGAAAGUGGUGAUUUAAUUUGGGAGAAAGCCCAGGGGAUGAGUGGCUCACUGUUCCCCGAGACACAGGGCCCUCAGUGUGUGUGUGUGUGUGUGUGUGUGUGUGUGUGUGUGUGUGCAUGAGUGUGUGGUCUCCUCCUUGCUCUGCCAAACAAGCUUUGUCAAAUCUGACGGGAGCAAAGACUCAGACGCACAAACACAGACACACAGAGUCGCUAAAAGCCGCUUUGCUUCUGUUUUCUGGCGGCCUGGCGGAGAACAACUUGACUCAUUGUUGUCCUCGGCGCGGAGAUUGACAUGCGAUGUCUCUCCAUGUCCAUUAUGGCUAGGCAGAGGAACAAGUCUUUGCUUUCUGUUGGGUUUGAUUGGCAGGCCAGAAAUAAAAAAAAUCACGUGGAUAAAACACUUGAGAUGAAACUGACCCGAACGGCGCUGUAUUUGUUACAAUAUAAACCACACAAAAACUGUUUUAAAGGGAUAUUCUGGCGUAAAAUUAAUUUAGUGUCAAACAGAGAUGAAUGUUGCCGACCGUUUGCUUCUCUAGUUAUACCAACUUUAGUAACGACCGCACAAAAGCAAUACAGAGAGCCACACGGUCAACCAAAACGCCACUCUAUAGCCACAAAUAAUGCUCAGAACAGCACCUAACUUCAUCAACAGGACAUAUAGGGUCACAACCAUAGUACUAGACACCAAACAUCUUUUUAACUUUGUCUGAUUUCUUUAGCAAAGAGACUAAACACAACUCACCUACUCUCUUCCAGCAGCCGCUUGUUUGUAGCGAGACCUCGGGCGAGUCCAUUACGGACUACAGUGGGGUGACGCAGCUCAAGGAGGAACAUUUAUGAUCAUUUCUUCAUCAUGUCAUUGAAGUAAUAAUCAUCAUAUUAAUCAUUUUGUACUGCAGACACAGUAGUUCUUCUGCCGUAGUGUCUCGGUCUGAUUGUAUUUCCAUGGAGAAAAGAUCAUAAAUGUUCUUCCUUGAGCUGCGAAACUCCGCUGCCCUCCUUAAUGGACAGGCCUGAGGUCUCGCUGUGGCUAUAGAGUGGCGUUUUGGUUGAGGUUUGUUUCUCAGACCGCUGUGUAUUGCCAUUGUGCGGUCAUUACCAAAGUUGGUAAAACUAGAGAAGCAAGCGGUCGGCAACAUUCAUCUAUUGAGCGGGUGUCUAACUCGGUGCUACGGUGUGUUUGACCCUAACUUAAUUUUACGCCCGAAUAUCCCUUUAACUCAGAGAUAGACUCCUUGUAGGGCUGGGCAAUAUGGUCUACAAAUCAAUACCACGAUAUAUUGAGCAGUUCACCUCAAUAACGAUAAAUAGACGAUAACUAAUCCACAAGUUGCUCACCCCCUCCAACAUUAACUUCGUCCACUUUCCCUCUUUGUCACAUCUCUGACGUAGGUCAGCGUCUUCAAGGGACAUGAGACCAUAGCCUACCUACAAACAUCCAAAACCAACUUUUAUUUAUUCAUUUUUUUGACACUCAAUAUACCAAUAUGGGCAAAAUGACAUCGGUUAUCGUUGUAUCAGUAAAUUUUCGGUUUAUCGCCCUUCCCUAACUCCUUAUGUUUCAUAAAAACUAAUAAAUUCACAUUUUUGUGGGUAAAGACCAGUGUCAUGUACUUUCUUACUUUAAAUUACUAAGAUCAGCAGAAACGUUUUAAAGUUUUCACCAGGCACCUUUAAACCAGAUGAAACAGAUUAGAUAAAAAGUUUUGUCUCUUAUUCCUGAAUAUUCACAAAAACAAUCUUUCUUCCUCCAGUCUUACCCAAACCAGAGGUGAACCAUGUGACCUCGUCCUCUGGAUUCACUGAAGCAAACUGCACGGCUCAGUCCCGGCCUGCAGCCGAGAUCACAUGGGACGUCGGCGGGGAGAACAAAACCUUCGAGCCGCCUGUUCCCACUUCCUACGAACAGGGUGACGGCACCACGGUAGUGACGAGCACGCUCUUCUUCCAAUCGGCGGCUCUCAGCGACGUGGUCAUCAAGUGCAUCGUGCACCACCCUGGCCUGGAGAAACCCCUGACUGUUCCUCUGAACACUAACAGUAAGAAGCUGGAUCUGAUUUUAGAAACUGGAGGCCGUUCAAAAUAGUUCUUCUGUGCACUCACUCCUAUUUUAGUCUGGGGUAAUCAUGGCUGCUUUGAAGGGGUCCUGAAUCCUGAAAUGUCAUGGUCUAACUUUUCAAAAACUGGUCACCUGGCAUGUAGAGUCCAGCUGUUCGACAUUUAAAACAUAAACAAAGCAGAGGAGUAAAUGUGUGUUUUUGUGCCGCAGUGGGUCCCGCUAUGGUCGUCCUCAUCUCUGUGUGCGGCGUGGCGGCUAUCCUCCUCCUCUGCCUGUGUGUGUGUCUCUGCAAGUGCUUCAUCUGCACCGACGGUGAGUCCGAACUCCACCCUGAGGCCCAAAAUAUACCCUCAACUCAUCUCAAAUGAUUCAGCAGAGUCUAAUAGUUGUUUUCAUCCCCGUUUGUUAAGGUGUCAUUUCAUUUAAUCCGCCUUAAACUGACAAAAUAACUGUUUGCACUCGCUGAGAAUCACAGGCCUUUCCUCUUGUUGGGUCUCUGAAGGAAUUCUGGGAAGCACAAGGGUUGGGAAAGCAAAAAGAGCAGUCGUCAAAACAUACAUGAAAUCUUGUUAUGUUAGUGUGUGAAUGUGGAUUUCCGCCCCCAAUUCUGGAGCUUCCAGUAGCUCAGAAAAACACGGACAAAGAAUGUGAAAAGGAAGCGUUUUUGUGCAGCGAAGUUGACCUUAACUGAUUCAGAGUUUAAAAAAAAAAGAAGUCUGAGAAGUGACUGGAGCGUGAACAUGCAGGCUGAAGAUAAAACUGUCUCUUCUGUUUGGCGUUUCUUUAUCACGGGACCUCGUUCUUGCCAAGUCUUGAGUGCCCUGUCAUUGUUGUGAUUAUGAUGAAGUGUUCACAGCUCUUCGGGGAAACAUUUGAGAGUUUAUGAGCUGGGGAAGAGGAUAACUUUGGUUUUCCAGAGCUUUAUUUAAAGCUCCUGUCAAGAGGUUUAUUUUUUGAUUAUCAUAAUUUCAGAAUCUUACAAGAAACUGAGCUGUGACUGUAAAUAUCCAUGAAUACAAGCUUUUACAGCGGCUUAACUUAUUCUCUGUUCAAGAGUGUUAAACACACACUGGGGUCUUCUCUUUGGUGGCACAGAAAAACAAAUAUUCUGUGUCGUAUCUGUUCGUGGUUAAAAGCCGAACACCUGGAAUUCGACCAGAGAAGAAGACGUAAAUGUGUUGAAAGUGCAGAGGAGCGUCAUCAACGCCUCACUGGUUUCCCUGAAAACCCUCUGAAGGUCAACAAACACGCCUCACAGAUACUUCCCACACGGAGGUGUCAGAGUGGAUGCUCAGCCAUGUGUCACCGACACUCCCUUGACUCCUGUUAACACCUUUCCACCAGUCCUCUCAGGGUGUCAUGGAAACAGCACGGCGCCAGCGUAAUUCAGCGCAAUUCUCUCUGCCGUUUCCCCUUUAUCGUGAAUUUCCUCGCCACCGAGGAGAAGCGGGGAACACCAAAGUUAUCGCAGCGAUGACAGAAGCCUUGGCUGACGGUGCUGCUGCUGCUGCCGGCCAAACAAGAGUCCUGAAGGAGGGAAAACAAACGUGGGAGAUGAUGUUUCAGGGUCGCGGCUAUCCCAGGGCUUCACUCGAUUUGGCAACAUGCAAUUUAACUUGGGUUUACCAAAAUCACUUGAGAAAUCCCAAUGAAUGUAACGGACAUUUACCCAAGAGUGGAGCCCUGAAUAAUUCAGAAAAUGUCACUGAUGCAAAACAAAGAAAACUUGGGAAAAGUAGACCUCUUAACCAACAGGCAAGUGCCUUCUUCCUCCAGUGAGCCCUGACAGAUUUAAGUGGGACAUGAGUGGGACACUUAUUAGUUCACACACAUCCUGGACUGUGAAAUUACUCUUAUGAGGCGCUCAGACCAAGCAUGAGUAAAAUCAUCUACUCGCUUAAUUCGCGCGAAUCUAGACGCGUGAAUGAAGAGUAUUUACUCGCUUCAUUCGCGCGUGAUUUCAGUAACUUCAACGGUAAUCCCGGCCAAUUAAAUGAGUGGGAUCAAGUAAUAGACAAAGGUUUUUUACUAUUUACCAGAUAAUCCGACCUUCCCACUUACUCGCCUCCAGAUGAGCUCCUUUUUACUCCGGUUUCGGUAAUUGAAAGAAAAGGUAUCAUGUAAUUCGCGGCACCCACACACCGACACAAUCAGUCUGUCCUCCAUUUUAGAUACCAGUGAACAACCGUCUAUUUUCAUACGUCACCCGGCAACCUUCAUGCUGCGUCGUUAUCGUGACACGAAUAUCCGCUCAAGUGGAGAUUCGCCCACUUCGCGUCAUUUGCGCCGCUAGAGUCGUAGGAGCGUCUAAUCACGUCUCUGCAUUGACUUAACAUGUAAUUCAUUCACGCGAAUGAUUUUACUCGCACUUGGUGUGUGGAAACAGUAAGUAAAUCAGGGAGGCUUAACAGCUUGCUUUGGUGUCCCAAAACCAACACUGGCGCCACACAAAGGCUCCAAUCUCGCCUUCGACUUUUGUGUUUUCCCUGCAGCCCUAAAUCAUCUGACAGAUCUUUGACUCUUGGAAGCAGCUUUGAUUGAUGGUGUUGCAUCAGGGCAGAUCUUGCUGAAGUAUCUGUGACCACGACUCAGUGUGGGAUAUCUUGGAAUAGCUCACAGCCGGGUCAUUACAAAAAUAGAUUCUCCUAAAAACAAAAGCUCCAAGUUGCUCCAGACUUUCCGCAUCAAUUGGAAGUCUUUCCUUCUUGUCCAACUUCUCGCACCCUGAGCAGAAUAACAAGUAGUUCUGCUGAUUGUCUUGAGUUAGCAGCCAGAAGAAAAGAGCCUCUUUUCCCUGUCUAAUCCGUUGGACAGCGGAGGAACGUAGGCAGACGUUAGGAAGCCUGGAAGAGGAGGAGGGGGGAGCGGUGUCGAGAAGGACCAGAGGGUGAAGUUGAAAACCUGCCCAGUCGAUAACAACGCCCCCUCUCACACUGGACUGUACAGACACGCAUACUGUAAUUUCUAAGCCAUGCUUGGACUGAACUGUGCCAGGAACACAGUGAUGUGAUUCAGACGACUUUAAGGGAAAGGAGCUUUGGUCACAUUCUCAAGAAGAUGAAUCAAGUUCAGUCCCUUACAGCAGACUUCAAAUUGAUGAUCUCACAGGAUAUGUGUAAUACGAUUUCAAUUCAUGACAAGAUUUACCUCAAAUCUAGCUUGAAUGCAAAGACAAAAGAAAGAGUUCUACCUGGAAAAGUUUAUCCCACAUUUUUCCACCCAAAGGUUAUAGGUUAUAGAGCUGGGCGAUAAACCGAAAAUUUACCGAUUAUAAAAUUUACGACAAUAACCGAUGCCAUUUUGCCCAUAUCGGUACAUUCAAUGUCAAAAAAAUAAAUAAAUAAAAAUUGGUUUUGGAUGUUUGUAGGUAAAACAGUAGGAAAGACAGGUGAGGAGAUGGAGGACGGUUCAAAAGUUGUAGCGGUUGAAGUUGACAAAGUUAAUGUGGGAGGAGGUGAGCAGCUUGUGGAGUAGUUAUCGUCCAUUUAUCGUUAUCGAGGUGAACUGCUUAAUAUAUCGUGAUAUUGAUUUGAGGCCAUAUCGCCCAGCCCUAAUGGGUCGGUUCGUACCUGAGAAACGAUCAGCUUUACCGUAACUGUUGUAGUAGCUUACAUGAUCGCAAAAACAGAUAGUAGGGCUGGAUGAUAAACUGAAAAUUUACCGAUACCGAAAUUUCCAACAAUUACCGACGCCAUUUUGCCUAUAUUGGUAUAUUUUGGGUGAGCAGCUUGUGGAGUAGUUAUCAUUCAUUUAUCAUUAUCGAGGUGAACUGUUCAAUAUAUCGUGAUAUUGAUUUGAGGCCAUAUCGCCCAACCCUAAUGGGUCAAUUCAUAGCUGAGAAACAAUCACCUUUACCGUAACUGUUGAAGUCGCUUACAUGAUGGCAAAAACAGAUCGUACUAUCAAGAAAGAAGCACUAGGUUGCUGAAUGCAGUGACAUGUCUUCUGUGCUUGUUUACAUUCAGGUAGUAGAGCACAGGAGCUGUAGAAAAUGGCUCUAGCCUUAGGAAAUCUACGCCCACAUUAAACUAUCAAAACCCGGUCCUUACAGGAAAUAAUCUUCGCUUUUCAAUGUAACCAUUUUUAUGUUUGUGUUAGGCAAAACAUGUACAGUAAGAAGUGGAAAAUAGCUUUUCUCACAGCCGAUUAUUUUAAAAUCAAGACGACUGCUUUGACCAAAACUGAAACUUUAUUUUAAGCGUGGUGUUUCUUUGCUGCAGAGAAGCCCACUGUGAAUGGCCUGAAAAGUUGUGUUGUCUGCGGUUCCAGCUGAACCGCAAGCUGCCCACAAAGGCUUUUGUGGUUCUUUCUGAAUCAGUGGGCGUACUUCAGUCUCUGCCUGCUUCAAUCAAUCACGGCUGGGAAGUUGGACCGUGGCCUGAGGUUCUUCCAGUAAAAUGCCACCGGUCUAUUUGGGUCCCUGUUUUCAUGAUGUCUUUGGUGUGGUUUGUGGAGAUGUACAGACUAUAGGGUUUGAUGGGGGCACUGCAGCGAGACGCCUUUUACUCAUGAAAGUCCAUGUUUCCAGUGGCACCUUUUAAUCUGAAACACCAACAGGAAGUGCAGGGGAGGGACCACAUCCGGUCCAGAACUUAGAUCACGAAGGAAGAACUGGGAGUUUUACUGAUUGUUCCCUAGAGAUUAGAGGUAAAAAAUAAUAAAACAUGAAAUUCAUGAAUGUGAUCUUUGCUCUGUGUCGCUUAUCUUGCCGCCACAUCUACGUUUGAUAUGUCUAGAAUUUCUGCAGCAUUACAUUAUCCUGUUGAAGCAGUGGUUUUGGAUCAGAGUGGGUGUUUUGGGGUUUCUGUAUGUCGACAUUGUUUGCUUUUGCAUUCUUGUUGGAGAUUUACAACGAGGAAUCGAAGCCUCUGCCCAUGACUGUGACAUUUUUGUUGUGACUCAUUCUUCAGGGUUCCUGCCGGGACAACGUGUCUUAAAAACUGGAUUUUGAAAAUGGUUUUACUGAGAAGGAUAAUGUUGCUAUUCUGUACAGGUUGCUCAUUUUUAUUGACCUAUUUUGACAGAUUUUACACUAUAUGAUUAAAGGUGAUAAAUUACAGGUAAUGAUAAUUGCUGCAUGUGUUGUAAACCAGCAUUACAUUUGCAAUAAUUUGACAUGUGAAGCAUUGAAAACCAUAAAAGACUUGCAUUACCCCUUCAAAUUAAAAGCACUAGCCUCUAAAAUAACUGACCCACCUCUGACAAAACUACUGACCCCCUUUAAUACGAACAUUUCUAGACCUUUUAAUGACAACGUCUCAAAGGUUUCAAGUUAGGUAAAGGCUGUCACAGCCUGACGGGACACGCUGGCAGCCAAAGAAGGAUUUAAAGGGAUAUUCCGGCGUAAAAUUAAGUUUGGGUCCAACACACCGUAACACAGAGUUAGACACCCUGUCGAGAGAUGAAUGUUGCUGACCGCUUGCUUCUCUAGUUAUACCAACUUUAGUAACGACCGCACAAUAGCGAUACAGAGAGGCAUGCACUCAAACAAAAAGCCACUCUAUAGCCACAAAUAAUGCUCAGAACAGCACCUAACUUCAUCAACAGGACAUAUAGGGUCCCAGCCACAGUACUAGCCACCAAACAUCUUUUUAACUUUGACUAAUUUCUUUAGCAAAGAGACUAAACACAACUCACCUACUCUCUUCCAGCAGCCACUUGUUUGUAUGGAGACCUCGAGUCCAUUUACUGCAACAGAGGGACGCAGCUCACCCGGAGGUCUCUGUACAAACAAGCAGCUGCUGGAAGAGCUCAAACCUGACCUACAAAAAUCUUGUGUAUUCUGUAUAUCACACAUGUAAAUAUGACUCUUGUGCAUAUCUUUUUCUUAACUUAACUCUAAGUUUCUUUAGUCUUUAUUCAUUAUUUUUUCUUUUUGUGUCUGUACUAUGCAGUUUCCCCGCUGUGGGUCUUUUAAAGGAACAUCUUAUCUUAUCUCAAACUCUUCCUCUCUGCCUCGCUCUCUCUCUCUCUCUCUGUGCAGACUGAUUUGAAGGACCUGCGUCACUGCCGCUUUGAUGAAGGUCCAGCCGAGCUCGGAGCCUGACCUAUCUGCUCAGCACCGUGGCCUCCAGCUGGGCGUGCAGAGGAAGGGAACAGAGCUUUCACAGAGCCGAGCCAACCCUGGUUGGUUCUGCUUCCACGAACUGUGACGACACUACAUGCGCAGACACGGACUUCUUUUGUCUUUUACCACAAAGUAAACUGGACUAAAAACAGGUGAUUUAAUGCUGCUUAUGACACUAGUUUCUUGGUUAUUGAUGAUAUUUUUAUGAUAAAUAUAUAUAUAUUUGUCAAAAUUCACUGUAUUCACACAGCAGCUAUUUCCCUCCAUCACUUUCAUCAGAGAAGCUCAUUCGCUGUUGUGGUGUUUAACUACAAUAAUAACCAUAUAAACCAAGGAAACCUGACAUUGUCUGGAUUUUACCAACAAAUGAAAAGAUGAAAACAGUGAAAAUCUGGACAUUUACAUAUUUAUUUUGUUUAUUUUUUUGCUAUCACACUUAUAACACUAAUAGCAGGCACCUAGCUGUAAUGCUAAUAUUAAGGCUCUAAAUUAUCCGUGUUAAUAUUGCCUGAAGUCUUUCUCCAUAUUUUCACUGUUUGUCAUUUUCAUCAGAUUUCCUACAUUUAUAUGACUUUGAACACCAUGAAAAUAUGAGCUUCUCCUGUUUCUGCAUUAGACUUCCAUAGCAGAACUUCCUUGCUAGCUUCCCCCGCAGUAUUUAAGCUCAGCCUAGGUUAACGCUGAUAGAUGUGAGGUGUGGACAGACACACUGUUUGCUCCGCCCACUUCCACUUGAGGCUGUCUAAUCAGACUUUUAAUGUUUCUUUUCUUAAAGGUGGGGUAGGCAGGAAUCCAUUAAAGAAGCAUCUUUUUUUGUGGUGUAAAUACAAAAAAGCUUUUAAUAUCAGUCAAUAGCUGUAAGUUAUUGAUGACAUUUGGGAAUAUAACGAUAUCGCUGUGUUUUGUUAUGUCUGUAUAGUCAACAUUUUAACAUUUUCAGAGCGCUCCGCUCUUUCUGUAAACAAGCCAUUCCUCGCCUUCCCCAUCCUGAUUGGUUGUGAGGCAGACGCUGCUCCCCCAUGUCGUUCAGACGCCCAAACAAAGUUAGCGUGCUACAAUAUCGGACAGUAGAAACCAACCAGAAAGUUCGGAAAAUUGUCUGAAUCCUCCUGUAGCCACGAACACCAACACGAGCAAGAAAACAAAGUAAAUACUGGAGACUCUGGCGGAAUAACGGGCGCUUAAAAAGGAGGUAGACCACCCGGACAAGAGCUAAAAAGCCGGGUCAACAUCAGUAAAUGUUUCGGGAUCUUACAGACCCUGUAACCUUUCUGCUGGACAGGUAAACCUCUUUAACAAAGUAAGACAAGCGUCUGUAACAGAAGUGGUUCUUGUCAAACGGACCUGCUGUAGCGUGUUGUAGCGCCAUCGCUUAACUGUCCUCCCUCGGGUCCUGGACUAUGUCACUUUAUCCUAGUUGUAGAAGUCCUGCAAACAUUGUGUUUGCUGGUAGUCUGUUGGCAUCUACAGUAGCACCAAUGCUUUUUAAUUUCACAUUGACUGGGCCCCGUUUGUAAUUAUUUGAAAUAUUUAGCUGCAUUAUAUCUGAAUUUAAUUAGAAUGAUAUAAGCGAGGACGAGCAUCUGUUUGUGGGCGUGGCUUGAUGAAGCAGAGAGGAGGAGCAGAGGGGAAAACUGGUUGGGAGGGGUAGAGUUUACAUUCGAGAUUUCUCCUCUAAACUGGCACUUCCUCAGAUCCUGCCUACCCCACCUUUAAUUUAAUUCCACUGUUUUCUUUUAAUGGUGUCAAAAAAGGACUCCCCUGUAACGGUGAAGUUUAAAGAGAUGCGACCCCGCCCUGGUUUGACUCAGAUUGAAAAUAUUUUUUUAGAGGAAAAGACUGAAGUGAUGUUUAUUUAUAGCUGCUGUGUCGUGGGUCGACCUGUGACCUCCGUGUCAUGGGUGGAUCGCUCCGCCCAAACUGUUCCUGUGUGGAAAUCUGGAGCGUGUCCAUACAGCGUGUGGGUGCGUUUGUUUGCAUUGUUGUGAAGUAUUUCAUAACUAAGACUGAAGAGACGCCAGUGUUAAAAUUGUGUUUGAAAAUAUUAGUGUGGGCCUUUUGGCUGUGUACAGUGUAUUUAAACUUGUUAUUUUAACAGUUUAACACAAAUGUUAGCUCUUAACUCAACACCUGCUUUUACAACAGAGUCAAAUAUCUGUAUAUGAAGACUGCUAUGAGGUUUAAAUGUUAUUGAAUGCCUUUAUUAAAGUUAAAACAAAACAAGAUCUAUGUUCU